UGGAGAGAAGGUCCAUCAAAGUAGCAUAAAUGGAGUUGCAGAAGGAUGAUUAGAAAUUGAAUUUUGGUUUAAAACAUAUACGUCGAGAGAUUGAAGAUGGAGGGGAUAAAAAGUUGUUUGUACAACGGAGAGUGGAAACUAUUGGAUCUUUAGGUGUUAUGGUUGUUGCAACUACCACAACCUAUGUUUAUGUUAAAACGAGGAAUCAUUGAUUGAUUUACUAAAGUUAAUGUCGAUUCACUAUUGAAACUACUGGAACCUAUAGAUAAGGAGUGUCUAAUUUUGUGCCUUAUUACUUUGAUCGAGUCUAUUAGUAUAUUGGAUGUAAUUCUAAUUUUGUCAUUUGCUUUCAAGUUUUGAUGGUUUCCUUUUAGUUGAGUUGUUAGCAUAUGAUUUACUUGAAUCAACAACUCUUCAUUUUUUUUUAUAAAUCCAUUUCCUUUUUAUUAGUGGCAUGUUAUUCAUAGAGGAGAGCUUUGAACCAUUUAUGUGGGAUUGACAUUGUGAGGUUUCAUUUCAGUUUCAAACUAUCUAUGGAUCGUGUGAGAAUUCCAAUGAGCUUUUAUAUUAUAUAUUUCUGGACAAUCUAUUAACCAAUAUCAUUUUAAUGGGGGCUCAAUUAUCAUUAUGAAAAUGGGAUUAAUGAUACAUUUUUAUAUUCUUAAAUGAGGAGGGUAUUUUCCUGAAUAUUCGACCUAUAUAUUCAUUAUUUAUGUAGAAUCUCGAUUGAAUGAUUUUCAAUAAACUUAAACAAAUUAAUAGACUUAUUAAAGGUGAAAGCCAAAACUCAUUGCUCCAUUUCAAAUUUCAUGCAUCGAGAGUGAAAGUAGGAAGAACAUUUUUGUCUUCACAACUACUUAUUUCUUUAUUCGUAAAAAUAUAUACACAUAGGAAUUUGGACCAUGACCACUUUUAAAAGAGGUAAGAACUGCAACCAAUCACGCUACAUAUAUGUAUCUUUUAAAAUUGACCAAGUGCAACUUCAGCCAAUGUGAUCACGAUUGCUUUGUGGUGUUCUUUUGGUGAUUGUUGGUGGGCCGAGCUUGGUUUUCCCUCGCUAUCUUCCUUCUGAAUCAAUCUUUUGUCUGUUCUUGAUAGUUUGAAAUCCUGUUGACUCGGGUCAAUUUGAGGUCUAAUUGCUCUUUGUGUGACAGUCUACUUGUCUUGAUAAGCUUCACUUUCUCUUUAGUUAGCAAGUCAAAGUUGCUGAUACACAAUUCCAAGCACAGCUUCAGAAAAUUCAACUAGAGUUGCUCUAGGGAUAAUUGGGUCAUCGAUGAGCAAAUUUCAGCGGUGGAAUUGAGCUUAAAUUCCAUAUAGUGAAGAAAUUUUGACAAUUCUGUACUCUUGGAUUGCCAUAAAUGUAGUCCCAAACAUGUGGAAUUGUGGAUUCUCCAAGGCCCCAAUCGCUCCCUAGCUAUUUAUGGGAUUUGCCUAACGUUUUCUGCUUCUGUUCAUUAUCAUAUUUGCCUCACUCUAGGUCACCAUUCAGGGUCUUAUGUGUUACUGCUGAUGAUUCUCUCUUUUCUUGUGCUGCAGCAUCACUAGCAGACCCAGCAUUCGUCGGAACUUACGGAAUAAACUAUGGAAGAAUCGCUGACAACAUUCCAUCCCCCGACGAAGUGGUCACCCUUCUCCGGUCAGCAAAGAUACGUAAUGUUCGUAUCUUUGACGCUGACCACAGCGUGCUCACCGCAUUCAGUGGAGCAGGGUUCAAGCUCGUGAUCGGGCUUCCCAACGGGUUUCUCAAAGACAUGAGCAGCAAUGCAAGCAACGCUAUGAGCUGGGUCAAAGACAACGUCCAGAAAUUCAUGCCAGGGAUAUGUGGGGUGGCAAUAGGAAAUGAAGUUUUAGGAGGAAGCGAUGUCGAGCUCUAUGGUGCUCUUUUAGGUGCAGCGAAGAACAUCCACAGCGCUCUAAGUCAGCUCGGCCUGUCCGAUGCAGUUCAGGUGUCCACAGCUCACUCCCAGAAUGUCUUCUCCAACUCCUACCCACCGUCAUCGUGCGUAUUCCGCGAGAACAUCGCUCAGUACAUGAAGCCUUUGUUACAAUUUUUCUGGGAAGCAGGGUCCCCAUUCUGCUUGAACGCAUACCCAUUCCUCGACUACAUGAACGAUCCGGCAAGCAUCGACAUUAACUAUGCACUUUUCCAGAAGACGAAAGGGAUCUUCGAUCCGAAGACUGAGCUGCACUAUGAUAACAUGCUUGAUGCCCAGAUAGAUGCUGCGUAUGCAGCUCUGGAAGAUGCAGGGUUCAACAAGAUGGAAGUUAUAGUGACGGAGACAGGGUGGGCUUCUAAGGGUGACGGUAAUGAAGCUGCUGCAACGCCAGAGAACGCAAGGACUUACAACUUCAACCUGCGUAAGAGGCUGGCAAAGAAGAAAGGCACUCCAAGGAGGCCGAAGAACGUGGUGAAGGCUUAUGUUUUUGCUACUUUUAACGAGAAUCUGAAGCCUGGUCCGACUUCUGAGAGGAAUUUCGGGCUCUUCAAGCCGGAUGGGAGCAUUGCCUAUGAUGUUGGGUACAAAGGGCUUAAAACUUCUUCUGCUGAUUCAAUAGUUCUUUCAUUGAAGGUAAACACUUAUCUUCCCUUUUCUCGGUUUGCUUCUCUUCAUUCCCCAUACUGACAAUACCGAGAACUCCUAGUUCUGAAUGCAGUCCUUGUAUGUCUUCAUUAGCUCAUCGUCUCCACCCUCCUGGGUUAUAUUCAUUGAUGCAGGGUUUUCCAGCUCGAGGUUUGUUGAGGUCGUAUCAGUUGGUUUGGACAAUCUGUGCCCUGGUAUUGCUUCUGUUGUUAAGACAAUGAUGUUCAGGAAACAAUUCAUCUUUGUAAAUCAGGCACUCGGGGACCAACAAGGGAAGAGAGUUCAGAUAGUUAUACAGAUGCAAUACGAAUUCAUGUCAAACUUCAACAGUACGUACCACAAUAAUAUUGGAUUUUCCUGCUAUGAUAACAUAUUUCUUAGAGAUAUGGCUGAUUGUUUUUAGCUCUCUGGCAAGAGUGUACACUUGGGUGAAUCAUAGAAUCACUGCUUACCAGUUUUCUAUCACACCUUGCUGUACGAAAGGUUAAUGCCGUGGUUGAUGAGGAACUUGAGCUGUAACAGGCGACAUAAAUCGUAUCAUACAGACUAGUUGCUUUGCUGCAGGUGAAUUCCAUAACGAUUCAGGACAGUUGACCUGGGAAUUUGUUUGAUGGAUGUCUCUGGUAUUUUCUGUGCCUAACUUAAUGUGAUAAGAGGCUCAUCAUUCUGUAUGAUAUAAGAACGCAAGGAAGCCUAUUUAUUUGACUUCAUAUGCAGAAGGAUUGACAGUCCAAUCUUGUUCAGAGAGGUUAUUAGUAUUUUGCGCUAUUUGUUUUUAUGGUGAUAAACUCAGAAUGCCCGGUUUCUUGCAUUGAUUUCCAGGAGUCCCUGAUGGCAUCCAUGAAAUAGUCCUGUUCCUGCCUUGGAUUGUUGGAUGUUUUUAGUCUUUCUAUUUGACCAGAUCAGAGAAGAUCCAAUUUCCUGGUUUUUCUUCUUCUCGUUAGAAUAAUGUUUCUCUAGCUUUUUAAUUGCUUGAUGCAUCAUGAGGGACGAAUGGAAAAAAGCGUAGAUUGAAGUUAACCUAGCAAAAGCUUAGUGAAGUUAGGUUACAGGGAAGAAUCGACUAAGGAAAAAAGCUAGAGACAAAGGAGAAAGUGAAUAAACGCGUCGAGGAAUAAAGGGAAUCCGAUCCAGACAUAUAAGGGUAAGAAAGCGCUAUAUACUUUGAAAUAUAUGAUAUAAGAUAGAUCAUAAUUUACUAAACUAUAUACCCUAAUGUCAAUUUAAUUAGAAAUUAUGAUUGGCGAUUGUAAUUCAUGGACAUUUAUCCAGCAUACUAGAUGCAGUAUGCCAGUAUCUUAUGGAUUUAAUGUUUUAGAGAACUAUGACCUAGCUAGUGUUUACUCCUUAAGAGUUAGUAGAUAUUGUCAAGAACCAGUUGGUCCAAUAACUCUAGUUGUUAGGAGAGAUUCAAUCGUGAAUCAUAUACCACAACUAGGGCUGGAAGUUUGGUACCGGUAUUUGGGAUAUACCGAAUACCGUACCAAAUUUGUCUAUAUUUGGCAUUACCGAAUACACGUAGUAUUUUUUGGGAUUGGGAUUGGGAUUGAAUUUCAAUUGUUAUUCGGUAUUAGGGAGUACGGGAUUGGGAUCGGUAUAUACCGAAAUACCGAUCAAUACCGAAAUAUAAGCUAGUAUUUAUUUUCUCCUCUCAAGUAGACUCUCUCAUUCACUACCACACGACCCUCAACCACCAAGAGUGUCAUUUAAUUAUACAUAGAUCAUUUCAUCACUAUUAAUAGUCGUCUCUCAACCUCCAAUUCGUCAAAUUAACGAUAACCAACGACAAGAACUUGAGAUGUCUCCUCUCUUCCAUUCUCCUCAAUAAUAUUCUAAUUCAAAACUCUUUGCUUAGUCUUCCCCCCCCCCCCUAAAUUAAACAAUAAAAUAUAAUUUAUAUAUUUAAUUAUUAAUUGCAAAAGUAAUUAAUUUUGUAUUCGAUAAUAUCGAUUGGGAUACCGAAGUACCGAUUGGGAUACCAAAAUAUUUAGGGGAUAGGGAUACCGAAAUUAUUUAGGGAUUGGGAUUGACUUUAGAGGAUAAUUCGGUAUUCGAGAUUUCGGUAUUUGGUAUUGGGAUACCGAUACCGUACCGAUUUCCACCCCUAACCACAACACUAACACGCCCCCUCAAACGAAAGUCACUCACAAGGGCUUGAAGUUUGCACUGGUGUGAAGACAUGAAUACCAUGUGCUUAACAAAUAGGGGUCACGGAGAAUCGAACACAAGACCUCUCAGUCACUGAAGGCUCUGAUACCAUGUCAAGAACUAGUUGGUCCCAAUAACUCGAGUUGUUAGGAGAGAUUCAAUCGUGGAUCAUAUACCACAACACUAACAGAUAUAAUAUAUAUCAUGUCCUAAAAUUCGGCUACUUCAAGGUCUAUAUAACGUUUUCUCACUUCUGGUAUGAGGUACUGACUCGCCUCUACCGUCACACUAGAAAAUGGCCAAGUGUAACCACCUACUAGAGCGUAGUAUAGCGGGUUUGGGUUUUCAUGUCAACUCGGGUCCUGAGUGUGAUGACUACUCGGUGAAUUCUUAUUAUUUAUAAGUGAAAGUGUAGUGAAGGUCCAAGCAAACAAACAAGCAAAGCAGUAAAAGGUUGUUUUCAAGUUGAGAGAGGUCACCUGGAUAUGGUCCCCCCUAGACUGUAGUUAAACCGAGUUGUAAUUUACCAAGUUCAAGUUCAAAGAUAGUUAUACUGCGGGAGGUUCUUAAACAGUCUGCAGUCUCGACUAAAGGUCUCCAGACCCUCUCAAUCUGAGUCCCCAGCGGGCGACUAACCUCCACCGGAGUAGACAGAUCGAGGCCCUAACGAACCAAACCUCCUCUACCGAAGUAGAUCCGGUACAGAAUAGUGAAUUGACUCCUCGACUAAAGUCGU